AUGGCUGUCCGAGGGACGAUCUCUACAUGGACAUCUGUGUUUACUGUCACCUGUUUAUUCCUGUGGGUCAAAGAUGUUGACUGCUCGGAAUGUUCUGAACUUGCCAGUUUGCUGGAAACUCCAUUUAUACUUCCGUGUCAAACUACGACAACUCACGUGACCGGAAGUAGUGUCGUGUUUGACUUUUACGACAGUGCAAGUCUUACAGUUGACAGAUGUUCCUGCUCGGUAACAAUACCUUCUACGUCCAACUUCCGGUUAUCAAUGUCAGCAUAUCAGGGUUUAGGUAUUGUAUCAGAUCCCGGAUGUGGUUCACAGAUAGAAGUCAACAACAGCCGAUCAGAAUUACUGACCAUGGUAUGUCAAGUGUUCGGGUCACUUUCAAUGAAUACUGGAGAUAAUGCAGUGGUGAAACUGAUCAGAGAACAAAACGCCGAUUCCCGAUACUGCAUGAUGAUGAAUACAGUUGUGAUCAUCAUCCCAGUCGUUGUCGGUUUGUUCGUCCUCCUCGUAUUGUUACUUGUGGUGAAGCAACUCGUGAGCACUUACAGGACAAAGAAACAAAGGCACGAACCGGAUAGGGAGAAACUUAAAUUUGGUUCCACGUUUCCAAAGAUGGGCAUUUUUCAACACCCGACGGAAAUGAUGGAGACUACACAUUAUAACAGCAAUGAGGACCUGCACGGCCAGAACCGUUACACCAGUGUUACUAACCCAGUGUACGUUCACGAGGAGUCCGAAUAUUUACCCGACCUAACUGACAAGGAAAUCGCUAAUUUUACAUCUGAAAUUGAUUCGAGUUCUAGAUCUAACGGCAGAAACCGAGAAGCGCCAUUGGAUGCAGUUGUAAACAAAACAAACAUUAAAAAUUCUCUUGAUAUUUCGAAGAUGUCCGACCUCAGCAGAAAUAAAAGCAGUAGUGAAUGUAGUGAAAUUGGAGCGCUGGCAGAAAACGAGAGAAAUUUGAGACAAAAAGAAAGUUUCUAUUAUUGA